GGCGCGGAAAGUAGAAAAUUAGCGCGAUAGGUAGGUUAACUGUAUAUGGAUUUAGGUUACCCUGGCAAGGAAUUUUACCAAACAUUAGUAUGUUGAUAAUGGCAACAUAAAUUGGUGUGAUAUAAAUGAAAAUACAAAUACGCGUAUAGAUGUUCUCGUGUUGCUGAAUUGUGUUGUGAGAUGACACAGUCUAUAGUUGUUCAAGUUGGCCAGUGUGGCAAUCAGGUGGGCUGCAGAUUUUGGGACCUGGCUCUCAGGGAACACGCUCAUGUGAACAAAAAAGGAAUCUACGAUGAAGCAUUAAGCAGUUUCUUCAGGAAUGUCGACACCAGGAGAAAUGAUGGCGAGGGCAGCGAUAUCGCUGGCGGAAAGAUCCGGUGUCUCAAGGCCAGGGCUGUUCUCAUCGACAUGGAGGAAGGAGUGGUGAAUGAGAUUCUGCAGGGGCCACUCAGAGAUGUGUUUGACAGUACACAGCUCAUCACCGACGUGUCAGGGUCCGGCAACAACUGGGCUGUGGGGCACAAGAUGUAUGGGUCGGCGUACAGGGAGCAGAUUGUGGAGAGGCUGAGGAAGGCAGCGGAGCACUGCGACUGCCUCCAGUGUUUCUUCCUCAUUCACUCCAUGGGUGGAGGGACCGGUUCUGGACUGGGUAGCUGUGUGCUCAACCUCCUGGAGGAGGAGUUUCCCGAUGUCUGCAGGUUUGUCACCGCAGUGUACCCUUCAGUGGAGGAUGAUGUCAUCACCUCCCCCUACAACAGUGUCCUCGCCAUGCAGGAGCUGACGGAGCAUGCAGACUGUGUUCUACCUGUGGAAAACCAGUCAUUGGUUGACAUAGUGAAUAAGAUAAAACACAUGGCCCACACUGGAAAGCCUGGUUCUGUCAUCAAGAAGGACAGCACUGUCAUAUCUGGGCAAGGUGGGGUCAGCAAGUCUGAGAAGCCCUUUGAUGCCAUGAACAACAUCGUGGCAAACCUGCUGUUGAAUUUAACCAGCUCUGCCCGGUUUGAGGGCUCACUCAACAUGGACCUGAACGAGAUCACCAUGAAUCUGGUGCCCUUCCCCCGGCUGCACUACCUGGUGUCCAGCCUCACCCCGCUGUACACGCUGGCGGACGUCAGCAUCCCCACACGCAGGCUAGAUCAGAUGUUCACGGAUGCCUUCAGCAAGGACCACCAGCUAAUCCGGGCUGACCCCAAAAACAGCUUGUACCUGGCCUGUGCCCUCAUGGUCCGGGGCAACGUGCAGGUGUCGGACCUCCGCAGGAACAUUGAGAGGCUGAAGCCCUCUCUGCCCUUCAUCUCCUGGAACCAGGAGGGCUGGAAGACGGGGCUGUGCUCUGUACCUCCCGUGGGCCACUCUCACUCUCUGCUGGCCCUGGCUAACAACACGUGCGUGAAGCCCACCUUCAUCGACCUCAAAGACCGCUUCAUGAGGCUGUACAAGAAAAAGGCCCACCUCCACCACUACCUGCAUGUGGAGGGCAUGGAGCAGGGCUGCUUCACGGAGGCCUUGUCUUCCCUGUCCUCUCUCAUAGAGGAGUACAGCCAAUUAGACGCCACCAAGAAUCUGCUGGUGCCUGAUGCCCCCAGAAUGAACAUAGCCACAUGAAGGCCCUUUGCUCUCAAUCAAGCACACUACAUUCACUGUCAGUCUGUUAUCUAGUUAGUGUGUGUUAGUGUGUGUCUGUUUGUGUGUUCAUUUUUUACAUGAUUCAGUCUGAAGACCAGUUUUUACACUGUACUGUAGUUCAUGUUUAUUUACAAGUUAUAGAGCACUUUGUACACUUUAACAAUGAGAUGUGUUUUC